AUUCCCAGGGUUCCGUGAGAGCCCGUUUGCCCCACCCCACCUUUUCAAAGCUAUCCAACUCAGUGUGCAAUUCUCUGGGAGAAAAAAAAAAACCAGAAAAGAAAAGGGGGGCAAAAAUAAUUCAGAGAAAUCCAUCCAAGGAAGCGACUCUCACACAGUUGACCGGUUCCCCCCGGAGCGGACGCGGCCUGUCGGCGCCGGAAUAAAAAGCUGUCCCUCCGCUGGAUGAGUGAUUGAAAACACCGCGGUAUGUUCAUGUAUCAUGCACAUGUAACCGCAGCCUGCCACCACACGGAUUCGGAGGGAAUACGAAAAGCCGAGAGCCCUGACAGUGGACCGUGCUUGCGCCAAACGCGGCGGUGGGGGGAAAUAACGGAGGAUUCCCCCGACUAUCACCUGGAGACUGCGCUGCGGUGAAGGACAUCCAGCUGCCGACAAGCCGCCGCCUCUGCUCGGCCGGAGAAGGUCUCCGAUGUGAGGAGGAAUAAAAGGGGGACAGGACAGAGAAAGCAGAGGCCCAUCUUCUUCUUUUUUUUAAGGUCUGGUUAAAGCAGACACCAGCAUCUUUUAACCAGAUGAGUUCAUUUUGACACAGACUAAAAACAGAAUAAUAAAGAUAAGGCUGACAUGCAACAACGUCACCCUUAUUUUAAACAGAAUAAAAUGUGAGGGGGGAUUUGGAAGCCCCGGUGUAGCCAGAUGAUGAAUCACAUGCUGUCAUUUUAAGAGAAAACAUUUUUCUUUUUUUAAUCAUUCUAUUUUACCCACCUGUAAUCUGUUUGUAAUUUUAAAACAGACAUUUAAAAAACCAUUCAGUCUAUCUUUAAAGGACUGUUGAUGGGGGGAAUGGACUGAAUGGCACUGGGAGACAUAUCUGGUGAAGAUGGGCUCCGGAGGAGACAUUUGCUGACAGAGUCAAGGCGUGAAAAUUAAUCAUUUUGUUUAGAUUUUAAAGAAAACCUCCUUCUUUUUUCCUUCUUUCCUUUUUUUUAAAGGGAAUCUGGACAAUCUCAUUCAUGUGCAGCCAGGAGUUGGAAAUUUGGCAUUCACUCUCAAAAAUCAGCGUUGAUGACUUCAUUGCGGAUUUACAGUAAAAAAAGAAGAAACCACAGGAAUCAAGCCUUUUGAGAGCUGCUGCUAUCAAACCACAUCCCAUACACUGAGACAAAACACUGUCUACUACCUGGCUUCUGUCUCAACCGGAUACAUAAAUGUCACUCAUUUUGAGCCAGGUGUUCAUCUGGUGGUCCAGUUGGGGAAUUUAGGAUUGACUGAUCUGAUUUUCCUCCCAUCUUACUCUCAUCCCCCCCCCCACUGAACCUCAUCAGUGGGUUUUUGGGAAGAUGGGCUGUCUGGGGAACAGUAAGACCGAAGACCAGCGAAAUGAGGAGAAGGCACAGAGAGAGGCCAACAAAAAGAUAGAGAAGCAGCUCCAAAAGGACAAGCAGAUCUACCGGGCCACUCACCGGCUGCUGCUGUUAGGAGCUGGAGAAUCGGGGAAAAGUACAAUAGUCAAGCAGAUGCGAAUACUGCAUGUGAAUGGCUUCAAUGCAGAGGAGAAAAAACAGAAAAUUCAUGAUAUUAAAAACAACAUAAAAGAAGCUAUAGAGACCGUCGUGGCUGCCAUGAACACACUAACGCCUCCCUGCCAGUUAGCCUGUUCUGCAAACCAGUUCCGGGUCGAAUACGUCCUGGGUCUAGUAAACCAGAAGGACUUUGAUUUCCCUUCAGAGUUUUAUGACCACACAAAGCUCCUCUGGCAGGACGAAGGUGUGCGGGCUUGCUGGGAACGAUCCAACGAAUACCAACUCAUCGACUGCGCUCAAUACUUCUUGGACAGGAUCGAUGUCGUCAGGCAGAACGACUACACGCCCACAGAUCAGGACCUAUUGAGAUGCAGAGUACUGACAUCUGGGAUCUUUGAGACGAGUUUCCAGAUAGACAAAGUGAAUUUCCAUAUGUUCGACGUUGGAGGCCAGAGGGACGAGCGCCGAAAAUGGAUCCAGUGUUUUAACGAUGUGACGGCUAUCAUCUUUGUGGUGGCGAGCAGCAGCUACAACAUGGUGAUCAGAGAAGACAAUCAGACCAACAGACUACAGGAAGCCCUCAAUCUUUUCAAGAACAUCUGGAACAACAGGUGGCUACGGACCAUUUCUGUAAUCCUCUUUCUGAACAAACAGGACCUACUCGCUGAGAAGGUUCUGGCAGGAAAGUCCAAAAUCGAGGAGUACUUCCCAGAGUUUGCACGCUACACUACACCUGAUGAUGCAAUACCAGAGCCGGGGGAAGAUUCUCGGGUCACCAGGGCAAAGUACUUCAUACGGGAUGAGUUUCUGAGGAUCAGCACGGCCAGCGGGGACGGCAGGCAUUACUGUUACCCACACUUCACCUGCGCAGUCGACACAGAAAACAUCCGCCGCGUCUUCAAUGACUGUCGCGACAUCAUACAGAGGAUGCACCUACGGCAGUACGAGCUCUUGUGAUGCACACGACCUGUUCA